AUGGUCGUCGAGUGCUCGGUCCUGACCUUUGGCUGCAACGACGACGGGCAGCUCGGCCGUGGCGAGAAGAAGAAGCCCAGUGGCACCAGCAUCGACGGCGUCUCGAGCGCCAACCAGCCGCAGCAGGUCGGCGCGCUCCGUGGCCUCGACAUCACGGCCAUCUCGUGCGGGUCGCGCCACUCGCUCGCGCUCGCAUCCACGGGCGACGUCUUCUCGUGGGGCUGGGGCCAGAUGGGCCAGCUCGGCCACGGCAACCACAAGAGCCUCAACCUUCCGACGCCGAUCGUUUACUUUGAUGCGGCCAACAUCAAGAUCGCGUACGUCUCGGCCGGCGGGUGCCACUCGGGCGCGGUCUCGACCGACGGGCGGGUCUUUAUGUGGGGCGAAGCGCAUUGGGGCCAGCUUGGCCUCUCGCCCGACUACAAGGACGUGCACCAGGCGAUGCCGGCCGAGUGCAAGGUGCUUCCGCCCAACACGGACGAAAAGAUCGUUGCCAUUAGCUGCGGUGGCACCCACACGGCGGCGCUGUCGGACCAAGGCUACGUGUACACAUGGGGCCGUCGCGACAACGGCCAGCUCGGGCUUGGCCGCGACUGGGUGCACAUGGAGCCCGAAGCCGCCGACGGUACGUGCGGCACGAGCAUUCCGACGCGCAUCGAUCCCGCCCAAUUUGACAACGAGCGCGUGAUCCAAGUGUCGUGCGGCGCGUUCCACACUGCGGCCGUGACCGAGUCGGGUCAUGUCUACACGUGGGGCAAGGAAGACUAUGGUAUGCUCGGUGUCGGCCACACGCCCGACAUCCACGUGCCGCGUCGCGUGCCCUUCUUCGAGUCGGUGCCCGCUGCGAGCGUGUCGUGCGGGGGCUGGCACACGGUCGUCGUCGGGCGCAACGGCAGCGCCUAUGUCUUUGGCCGCGGCGAGUUUGGUCGCCUCGGCCUCGGCGACACGCGUGGCCACUCGCAUCCGCGCAAGGUUGAAGCGCUGGCCGAGCAUACCAUCGUGCAGGCGGCGGCUGGCGGAUCGCACACGCUCUUCUUGACGGACAAGGGCGAGGCGCUGAGCUGCGGACGCACCGACCAUGGUCGCCUCGGCAACGCCGACCUCAAGCACUGCGCGACGCCCGAGCGCAUUCUGGAGACGACCAUGGGCACGAUCCCUGUGGCUCAAGUGUCGGCGGGCGGGGCGCACUCGGCGUGCCUCCUCCACAGCUCGCACGUCGGGCACGCGUGA